CUUUGGUGGCUCAAGGUAGGAAAAAUGAAUCCCGCUGCCGUCCCUCCCCCGCCGGGGCAGCAAGUGAUCCAUGUCACCCAGGAUCUGGACACUGAUCUAGAGGCUCUCUUCAACUCCGUCAUGAACCCCAAGCCCAGUUCGUGGAGAAAAAAGAUCCUGCCCGAAUCCUUUUUUAAGGAGCCCGAUUCGGGAUCCCACUCCCGCCAGUCCAGUACCGACUCGGGCAGCCACCCUCCCCGGCUUAGCAACGCUGCCGUCGGGGUCCACCACGUCCGCUCCCACUCUUCGCCAGCUUCCCUGCAGCUGGGCACCGGCGCUGGAGCCACCCCGACUCCGGCUCAACAGCAUGCCCACCUCCGGCAGCAGUCCUACGACGUGACGGACGAGCUGCCGCUUCCUCCCGGCUGGGAGAUGGCGCUCACGCACACGGGCCAGAGGUACUUCCUCAACCAUAUAGAAAAAAUUACAACUUGGCAAGAUCCUCGAAAGACUAUGACCCAGCCAUUGAAUCACAUGAGCCAUCAUCCUUCAGCCACUUCCACCCCAGUAUCACAGCGAUCAAUGGCCAUGUCGCAACCCAACCUUGUAAUGAAUCACCAGCACCAGCCACAGAUGACACCAACUACAACUAUAUCUCAGCAGAACCACCCUCCCCCAAACCCUCAGGCUGCCUUAUUGAACAUGCCAAAUGCAUUGACUUCCCAGCAACAACAGCAGCAGAAGCUGAGGCUUCAGAGGAUCCAAAUGGAGAGAGAGAGGAUUCGCAUGCGUCAGGAGGAACUCAUGCGUCAGGUAUUCCAAAAUUUUGGGAAGGUAUCUUUUCGUGUAGGUUGCCCAGCACUCCAAGUGAGAGGUCACUGAGUAGGGAUUCGCCCC